AUGUUUACCGCUGUAGACAACGUCUGGAUACACCGUAUUAUUUCCAGUAACGUUCUAUGGAGAUUAAAGAACCAAAGGAACAUGAGAUCAGUUAUCAAGAUGGAAACUCUGCAAGAUCGAGCCCGGAGAAAAUCCCGGACUUCCCUUAAAAUCUUCAAGGAAACUCACCGCAUCGUACCGGAGCCAAGAACGAAACGGCGCGGCGGGAGGGAGAGGAAGGAAGAAAGGGAAGAGAAAAGCAUUGCUACAGGCGUCAGGAUGAAGGGUACUGAAAGAUUCUUGGCGCAGUUGUGUUCGCUCCCUUGUACCGUUCGCUUCGCCAAAGCAGCAGCCUCUAUUCAUCCCUCGGUGCGCAUCGUCGUCGGCGUGAGUGAGACAACCGCAAACUCGCAAAUCGACGAUGGCCAGAAAGAGUACGGUGAAGCCCCUGGAGCAGCGUGA